AUGCCAGCCGUACGCCUUACCCGUGCUAGAAGAAAGUCUUCGCAUACCCUCUUUACACCCGCGAAAGCAGGGAUCUACGGCAUCCAAGCCCGGCCAGUCACUUUCGCGCCCAACGUCACCCCCGUCACCUACGUCGAGCCCGACGACGACCUCCCAGCCUCCCCAGAAGCCUCCUCGCCCACCGCCGCCCUCUUCCCGCCGUCAGAGACCCCCGCGCCGCCCCCAGCGAGGAAGCGCUGCCCGCCAGGCAAGCGCCGCUCGCAGGGCUAUAUCCCGCGCCCGCCCAACGCGUUUAUGCUCUUCCGUGCGGACUUUGUAAGGCAGAAGCAUGUCCCCGGGUCGAUCGAGACGAACCACGGCUCGUUAUCCAAGAUCAUCGGCAACUGCUGGCGCCAACUCCCCCUCGAGGAGAAACGCGUCUGGGAAGUCAAGGCCAAGCAGGAAAAGGCGAACCACAAAGCCAUGUUCCCCAACUACCGCUUCAGACCCGUGCAUAACAAGAACAAGAAUAAGGACGGCUCCGCUGGUUCCACCUCCACCUCCACGGGCAAGAAGGAAAAGCCGCAGCAGACGGUCGAGGAGGAGCUCCGGUGCGACCAGGUUGCGCUGCUUUUGCUGAACGGGAUGAAGGGCGAGGAGCUGGCGCAGGCUGUGCGGAGCUUGGACAUGGAUAGGGAGCGGGAGGGCACGGAGGGGUUGGUUUCAGCGCGCGGGAGUUUCAGCCAUGGGCAUGGGCAGCACAACCUCAGUGCCAGCCAGAGCCCGUUCGAUAGUCCGCUCCCGCAGGACUUCAUGCCGCUUACGCUCUCACAACCUCAAGCGCAGUACGCAUCGUCUGGCACCGCCCACCUCGUUCCUGGGACACCGCCGCUCGUCGUCCGUCCCGCUGCCGAACGAUUGGUACAACCCCGCUGCUUUCUCCUCGUCGUCGUCGUUUGCGCCUUCGCACGAACCUCAUUCUCGUCGAUGGGGUUCUCUUCUUCCUUCAACCCCACCUCCACGUCUAACACUACCAAUAUCGCCCACCCCCAACCCCAGACCAUUGCCCUCCCAUCCGUAACCUUCAUGUCGCAAUCGCGGCCGGCGAGUCCUGUAAACAGCAUUUCCCGUCAGACGCUCGGCCAGCGCCGCGCAUCGUCUGCUCAACCGAUGGGGUUCAAUAAUGCGUUUAUGGGGCGAAGGUCGUGGACGAUGCCGGCGUACGGCGCUGGGUUCAACAAUUCUACGUUCAAUGCUACGAACUUCAAUGGUAUGGGGAUGAAUGCGAUGGGGAUGAACCCUUUCUUUGGGUACGAAGACCCUUCCUCGGGGUAUGAUGGUACCGUCUCGGGGUACGACGGCAACAUGGGGUACGACGCCGCGGUGGGCUACACCAGCCACCCGUUGGAGAGGGACGACUCGCCACUUCCGGAGGUCGAUAAUUCCUUAUUCACCUCGGACUUCUCGUUCUCGUCAUCCACGUCUACCUCUUCUCACUCGUCUACGACCGAUGCCGCUCCCACCCAAUCACAACAUUCACAACAGAUGACCGCCCAAGACCCAACGACGACCCCACCGUCGAUCGCACCACAUGACCUCCCCGCGCUUGACCUCGAUGCUGCAAGGAUGGGGUGGGCCGAGGUGGAUCCGUCGUUGGCGUCGUCUACCUCUACUUGCUCAGCGUCGACGGCUACCACCGCGUCUGUCACUGGGAGCCCGGCGCCGAGCGAGGAGGUGCUUCCGGAGAUGGGUGGGAUGGGUAUGCACGGAUAUGGAUCGCAUAUGCACGGCGCUAUGGGGAUCAGCCCUUUCGACGUCGUCGACUACACCGAGCACGCCGCGCACGGGUACGCCAUGGAUAUGGACCACCACUCGCAUAUGGGAGGGUAUGGUGCGCUGAGCGCGGAGAUAGGCGUUGAUGCGCUGAUACAUGCGCCGGUGGCGAAGCAGGCGGGUAGCCCGCACAUGCAGGAGAAGACGCCGACUGCUACGGUCUUUGGGGAUGUACAUCAAUGUCAACGAGACCAUGGACAUGGGCAAGGACAGCAGCAGCAUUUCGAGCCGGUGUUUGAGGAUUAUGUGAUGUAA